UGUUUCAUUAACAGUUUAUAACUAGCUCUUGACAAUAGAAAAAGAAACAGCAUGAAAAUACUUGGGGUGUCUAUAUUGCUUAGCUUAACUUUGUUCCACUCAGCAAACACUCUGAGUUGUGUUCCAUGUGAAGAACUAAUGGUCAACGAUAAAGGAGAAACUAUAGAAGUAAAAAGAAAAUGUCCAAAACUCAAUUGUCCCGGAUCCGAAACAGCUGGCCUUUGCAACUGUUGCAACAGAUGCGCUAAACAAGAAGGUGAAACAUGCGGUGGUGACUUCAAUAUGGAAGGAGAUUGCGAACCAUAUUUAAGAUGUGUGACACGAGAAUCUAGAAUCGAUCCCGAGGGCAGAAUUGUAUUAGCGCCCUCACCCAACUGGGGCGGAAGAUGCAGAAAAUCAGAUGCUCCUUCUGAUUGUAUUGACGUUUGUUCGAAAUUGAGUAAUAACUAUCCGGUUGGCAUGGCCGAACAUGGACAAACGGCAUUUUUCGACUACAAAAAGAGGAGUGAACCUAUUUCACAAGGAACAUGGAUUUAUUGUGACUGCAGCGGAGGAGCAGGAAAUGCCGGGUGGAUGGUUAUCCAACGCCGAUAUCUAGGAUUGGAAUCCUUUGACCGAGAUAUGAGGGAGUAUGUUAAUGGUUUUGGGAUGGCAACAGGAGACUACUGGAUGGGCUUGGAAGCAAUUCAUCAUUUCACCGAUGCUUUUCCACAUGAGCUUAGGAUUACAGUAAAAUUAGAAGAUGGACGAAAAUUUACGACUUAUUUUGACCAAUUUUAUAUUGGAGACGAGAAAGAAAAUUUCAAACUUUCAAUAUCUGCAAGUCAUCAAAAAGCAAGUCGUGAUUUUGCCAACAUGCACAACGGUAUGAAGUUCACAGCACGUGAUAGUGACAAUGACCGAUGGGAAAACCGAAAUUGUGCGGAUACCUACGGUGGUGGCUGGUGGUUUAAUCGGUGCACCGAGUACAAUUUAAAUGGAAGACUUUACGGGAUCAAGCAUUACCGAAUACCGGACGAGAUCGUUGAUGAUGAAGAUGGCCCAGACCGUGUCACAUGGGAUUCUUGUCAGAAGUGGAAAAUUGUGCAGACAGAAAUGGCAAUCCGGCGUUUUGUACCAGAACCGCUUUACACUUACAAUUAACUAUAAGAUAUUGAUAGUAUAUUACCCAGAAUUUAUUUAGUAUGGACAUUUUAAAAAAUUAAAUUGAUUUGUUUAUAAAAUAAGGAUUUAAUUAAGAGCAAAUAUUGAGAAAAAAGAUGUAAAAUUUUAUAAAUGUCAAAUAAUUUCGAAUUUAUAUAAAAUAUAGGUUCUGUGCUAAGGUCGUUGUAGUUUAAACGUUGAUAUGGUGUUGUAAGUGAAUUUUUGGAUAAAAUUUAUGGCUUAUGCGAACAAUUUCAUCUUUGUGUAAAUAAAUUGUUUAUAUAUGUGCAGAA